AAGGUAAGAGAAACAAAGAAAUUUUCUUGCAUUCCUUAUUUUGUUUCCUCUCAAAUCUCUCCUAUUUUGCAAUUUGAAGUAUGGCCGUUGGAUCGAUCCAUCGAUCUUCGAUUUCCUUGAGAUUUGAACGGUUUCAAGAGAAGAAGUUGUUUGUAUCUGCCGCCGCCUUUUAGACUAUUGUAAUUUCUGCUUUUCUGCAACUAUGAGUUUUGUUUUCCAAGGGACUAGAGGGGAUAUUGAGAGCGGGUUUUCAGGAUUUAUCCCUGAACCUCCGGCUGUGCGUAUACAUGCUGCUCGACCAGUUAACUCCAAUUCACUGGCCUUUCUUGUUACAGUUCUUUUGCUGUUCAUGAUUUUGAACUCUCAUCAAAUGUCACCAAACUUUCUGCUUUGGCUAGUAGUGGGUGUUUUUCUGAUGGCUACGAGUCUAAGGAUGUAUGCAACUUGUCAGCAACUUCAAGUUCAGGCCCGAGCUCAUGCUGCAGCAGCUAGUGGCUUACUUGGUCACACUGAGUUACGCCUGCACAUGCCACCAUCAAUCGCUUUUGCCACUAGAGGACGCUUACAAGGACUAAGACUCCAACUUGCACUUCUUGAUCGGGAAUUUGAUGAUCUAGAUUAUGACACCCUGAGAGCAUUGGAUUCUGAUAAUAUUUCCACAACCCCUUCAAUGAGCGAGGAAGAGAUAAAUGCCUUACCUGUGCACAAGUACAAGAGUCCUGGUCCCGAGUGUGCUGGAUCAUCACUGAAGCAGGCAUCAUCUUCGUCUGCCUCUGUUGAGGCAAAGCAAGAUUCUAGGACUGCGGAUGGGAGUAUGAAGGAGUUGGAAGAUGACCUAACUUGUACCAUAUGCUUGGAUCAAGUUAACAGGGGGGAACUUGUUCGGAGCUUGCCAUGUUUGCAUCAGUUUCAUGCCGGUUGUAUUGAUCCGUGGUUGCGGCAACAAGGCACGUGCCCAGUAUGUAAGUUCAAAAUGGGUUCAAAAUGGCAGGAAAACAGGGAGAGCGAGUCGGAUGAUUCAGACAUGGUUUAAUUUCCCACCUUAGUAAUAUAAAUAUGUAUGCAUCAAAGUAUAUGAAACACGUCAUAUUUGCAGAUACAAACAAUUUAUGUUCUUUUUUUCUGAAGUGGUGUAUCAUAGUGCAGGAAUUCAGGGAGUGAUUGUGAAG